CACCCACCACCCUUUAUAAGUUCACACCCACCAAUUCCAUCCGACAUCUUCUCCUCAACCAGCAAUGACAACACUCGUCGCCCUCCCCGCUCCCAUCCUCUGCAGCAUCUUCGACGCGACCAACAGUCUCACCACUGCCGUGUCUCUCGCCCGCUGCGACAAGCUCCUGCACAAGACAUGGACCACGCACCUUUCGACUCUCGACCUCGUCGCCGCCUUCGAUGCCGACCCGCGCUGGUGCGAGAUCAGAUACAAAUUCUUUGCUGUGACGAUAGCACGGACGGAGCUGGAGGCGGGGGGCAACACGGACAUCGACCCGCUGUCGGCGAUGAAGUCCGCGUACCGGAUAGCGGGGGUGAUCCAGCGGACGGUGCGGGAGCUGGUCUCGUACCUCACCGCAUCGUGUCCCUCGCCCAGGCAAAAGGCGGUAUGGGACCGGUGGCUGCCGCACGUGCUGAUGAAGACGCUGCACAUGCUGUGGCUGCAGAAGCUGGUGGGGCGCGCGCCGCUCGACCCGCAGUACCACCUCGCCACCAAGACCAUGGCCGAGUUCCUGCUCGCGCCGAAGUGGCAUACCUGGGGGUUUCCCGAUAUGCGCGGCGUGCUCGGCGCAGGCACGAUCAGGAACAAGGCGCCUGCAAACCAGUUGCUCGAGACGUGUGUAGCGGUCUGUGAGAGGGUCGUCAGGAAUAAGAAGGCCCUCGGUGAGGACCUCGAGGAGGACGAAGAGGAUAGUGAGGCGGAGGAGGAUGAGUUCUAUGAUGACUCCGAGUAUGAUGAUAUCUCCGAGUUUGACGAGGAUGAGCUAGAUGAGGACGAUGCGGGUAAUUGGAGCGAUGAAUGAUCUCGCCGCGAAGCCAUAAUGCAUACUACCUAGCGGUGAGGUGAAUUACUGGGGCAAUCCACGGCGGAUGUGCACCACCUCUGCCCCAAUAGUUACCUUCUCACCGCAAAUACAUAAGAUGUAGCAAUUUAAAGCGGAAUUCUACAGACGGGGAU